UAGCGUGUAGAACAUGCAGCAUGACGCAUAAUAUAUAGCAGAGACGAAAGACUUGGUCAAGGCUAGCUUUCCCCUUGAAAGGUCGAAGAAUUUGUUUGGGAGGGGCCAAACUCUUGCGUCAAUGGUUUAUUGGUUCAUUGCUGAGCACUCUUUUUAACUAAGAAGCCACUCCUUUGACUUGUUAUAUUAUAUAAUAACAUCAUUGUUAGCCACAAUUAAGGGUGAAGUUGCAUUGCAUAUUUCUCUGCUUCUUCCUUCCACAACACCUUAUCACUCUUCACUCUUCAUUGAUCGUCAACACUUAGACCCAACAAGUGUAAAUGAAGAAAGUGGUGGUGAAGUUGGAUUUGCACGAUGACAAAGCAAAGCAGAAGGCGAUGAAGUCGGUUUCUAGCAUAUCAGGCAUCUAUUCCAUCUCCAUGGACAUGAAGGAGAAGAAACUGACUGUAGAGGGUGACAUAAACCCUGUCAAUGUGGUGAGCAAAUUGAGAAAAACCUGGCACCCAGAAAUUGUAACUGUUGGGCCAGCAAAAGAGCCAGAGAAUAAGAAAGAUCCAAAUCAACAAAUUGAGGAGCUUGUCAAGCUCUACAAAGCAUAUAAUCCCCACAUGACCACACACUAUUAUGUUCAAAGUGCUGAAGAGAACCCAAAUGCUUGUGCUAUUUGUUGACUUCGAUGUUUGAGAACAAACACAAGUCAUGUUUGUUAAUCAUUGGUGAAUUCCAUGGCACCAGAGAUAUGAACCCAAGUCAUGGAUGCUUUCUGUGUAAAUUAUAUUUUGGGUGGUUGAUUGAGACAUCCAGAGGAUUAAUGAUGUAUCAAAAUAGGCUAUGAAGGUUUUGAAUGCAUAAUAAGUAAAUUGAUGUGUGAAUUGUGGAAAUAUGCAUAUUAUUGUGCUAUGUGUUACCAAUUUCUCAUUUAAAAUUGUGUUAUACUUGUCAAUUGGGACUUUAUGUAAUGUAUUCAUGAGAGAAAUUCGACUCUACUUUAUGUAUAGAUGCUGGGUGACAUUUUGGACCGUC